UACGUUGCGUAACAAAGUGUAUGUGGGGAAACUGUGGUCAGGGCUCUGGCCCUGCACAAGGCCAUGCAUGUGCAUGCUAUCUUAAUAUGUUAAUGUAACGUACACUUUACAGUUGAAACCUUAUAUUAAUUGCUUCUAUUUCCAGACAUUGAGGUUUGCUGCAUGCACUAUAGUAUAUUACUUGGACAUGGUUGUAUAGCAAGGACCUAUGGUUGUACCAUGGAGGAAGGAAUAGAAAAAUACAACUUGGAAAACGAUAAUCUAAACGAGAAUAUGCUGAAAUGUAGCGCCCACUGAGAAAGAGAACUGGAGUUGUAAUACAUGCAUGUUAACCGUGCAGACAAGUUCUGGGAGAGAAUAUUCAACCGACGGCGAGAUUACUUACACCAUGGAGGAAGGAACACCUCCAUGCUUACACAAGCUAAAACUCAGAUCAGCGGGUCAGCAGAUCAGCGGGUCAGCAGACCACGGAGGAAGAACUGGUCAGACUUAGAACAAGUCUAAAAUAAAGGUGCGUCUACAACGAUGGAGGGCGCUAUCAGGCUGACAAAAUGGCAGCCCCCAUCAAGCUCUUCGAAGAGGCGGCUCAUGCAAGUGUUUAUCUGAAAUACCGGCCAAGGUUACCACAGAAAGUCUUCGAAAGGAUCGUGGAGUAUUUAAAAGAGAAAAAAUCAAAGCCUUUCAAGCUUGCGGUCGAUGUGGGGUGCGGGCCAGGACAGAGUACGCGACCUUUGGCCCCACAUUUUGAAAAGGUCAUCGGUGUUGACGUGAGUGAUGCACAGAUAGAAGCGGCAGUCAAGCAGACGGAUAAUCCGCCCAAUGUGGAAUACAGAACUGGACAAGGCGAGACAAUUCCUGUUCCGGAUAACUCCGUUUCCUUGGUGACUUGCUGCCAAGCUGUCCACUGGUUUGACUACGCGGCUUUUUGCAAAGACGUCGAUCGCGUCUUGCUUCCUUCGGGUUGUCUGGCCGUCUGUGCUUAUGGAAACUUUGUCCCUGAGACUUGCGAGGGCGAUCUGACAAAAGACAAAAAAAUGCAGCAGCUCCAUUGGAAUUUUUACAAGGGUUUGAUGGGGGCAUACUGGGACGAUCGCCGAAGGCACAUCGACAACGUUUAUGCUGAAUUCAGCAUACCAUAUGAAGGGAGCAUCAGAGACGACAGCUUCCAAUUGGUUCAGGAGAUCACUGUACCAUCGUAUAUUGGUUACAUCAGUUCCUGGUCGUCCAUGCGCGCCUUUUUACGAAAGAACCCCGACAGUCCAAACCCUCUAAUUGGAUUCCAAGAGAGGCUGAUAGAAAUCCUUGGGGCUGAGACACAGACUGAGCAGACCAAGGUCCGGCUUAAGGCGCCGAUCGUGGUACUGCUCGGCCGGAAACCGCCGCCAUAAGAUGAAAUUACGGAAUGGAUGAAGGCACAUAGAGUUUGUACAGUGUGUACGACAAAACUGUCUUGUUUACUAUAGCAAAUGAAUGUGUGUGUUCAAUUUGAAUAAACAAUUUUAUACGAGGACUCAGGAUUUUACAUAUUAUUUACUGUGUUUAAAAGCAUUUAUUAUUUUGUGGGACUGUGUAACAAUAUCUCUUUGAAAACAGCAAAUCACAUUCAGUACACGGUUUAAAUUGAAAGUUCCGAAAUUAAAUUUCAGGGGAAAAAAAGGAAAUUUGUUUGAAAGUUACUACAAUUUAAAAGAAUGCACAGUCAACCGAAGAUUAUUUGUGAAUCUAUAGGUUUUGUUGUGAAUAGUCCCUGCAAACAAUUCCAUGCAUAAAUGGGAUUAAUUUGUAAAAUAAUGUCAAAUGUACGAGUUUUGGAUAUUUGGAAAACAAUUUCUCAUGAACCUGACUCUUAUAUAACAACAUAUUUUUUGGCCGCACAUUGAGGGAAUCAUUUACAGUACAUGUUUUUUCAUACAGGCCAUGAAACAAACGUUUGGACCUUAAAUGCUCAAAGCGAUGCAAAAUAAGAUCAGGCCAACUUUACUCACUCUUCAGCCAGCAAAUUUCUCCAAAACUUUCAUUGGGCAAAGAAACGGUCCUCGGUAUUUCACCAACCAAGUUUAAAGAAUCAAUUCAAUUUUUAAAGGAGACCGUGUUUCAAUAUUUGGCAGUGGCUUGCACAUGAGAGGGAAGUCAAGUGAUUUCAAAAUGAGGCUAAAGACUAGACUUGUACAUGUCCAUCCAUGGUCCAAUUGUUUGACAAGACUGACUUCUACAUUCAUUGUCCUUAGUCUGGUGCCCGAGUAUGGAGAAAUAUGUAUAAUUAAAUAGCGACCUAGUACCCGACAUCCUAGAUAUUUCUUUUGGCACAGUCAGCUGAUUGAUGCAGUAUUGAGCGGUGUUGGACUGGUUGUUUCAAGUGCUAGUCUAUUUUCUUGUAUUACACGUUUUCAAUACACAUGUACCUUAAAUUUUGGGACUCUCAACACACAGUCUCAUACACAGUAUUGAAGGGUCCCAAAUUUUCGGACUAGAAGUAAUUCCAUAAAGUUUUCGCCUUAAGGGAUUUUUUUACAGUGUACUACUGUAAUUUUGCAUGUUAGUAUUUCGGUUAUUUCUUGAAUUGUGUCUACAAUUCUGUUCCUCUUUACAUUUUUCAAUUUGCGGCUCUGAUAUUUAAAAAAAAAUUUGGUGGCGAUUGUAGAUUGAAAGCGAAAUAGUAUAAAAUACUCUCCCUAUAUAUUCUAUUUUUAUUCAAAUUUUUUAGUAUUCUUUAUUUCUAAUUCUUAGUUUUACUUAUGUUAUUUGAGUAAUGAUCCGUAUGAACAAAAAGGCAAAAUGGACAAUUCGUCGACAAUUGUAAAAAGUGUUGAAUACUGUUGAUCACGUGUACGUUAGCUGCCGGUUUGAUGUAGAUUCAGUCUAGGGAUUAAUAUUGUACUUUGUACAUUGUACGUUGGCUGGAAUUUCAUUCAUUUGAUUUACUUGGUUUCAAAUAGAUAAAUUUGUCUUUCUUAUAAUGUUUUGUCGAUGAAAUAUCAGCUGUGCAUCACCUAAAGAUCGACAAGUAUGUAAGAUCAAUAUCUCAGAACCUUUGCUGCUCCACUUUUUCAUAAGAAAAGAAGUAAUUAACUUCACAGAAGAGCUAAACAUAAUUACUAUGUGUCAAUCAGUGUGUCUUCACAACUAUUUCACGAGUAUUUUGUCAUAAUUUUUUAUUGUGUUGUACACGAUGUCUCGGAAAUAAAUAUAUUUGUCUCUUGUAUAUUAUAUAUCACAUCUUAUCAAAUCAAUUGUUAUCGAGCUUUAUGGGUUUAACUUUUAAUCCAGCAGCUAAGCAGCAGGUGAUCAUUUAAUAUUAAUAGACAUUUUUAUAUUUAUAAGGAGUUGUUGCAUUCGCAUAUUGACUUGAUCAUCAUAAAAGAGUUGUGAUCAACAGAAGUGACCUUCAGGAAUACACGGGCUAUCUACGCUUACAAAAAAAAACUAUGUAAUUUGUACAUCAAGUCCGUUCACGUCGGUAUCUGACGUCUGUAAUUAUGUACACAAAUACUUGCCCUUUGUUGUUGUCGUAUAGCGAUAAGAUUCAGUGUCCGGCGGUGAUAUUUCGAUCACCAUUUCCGGUAGGUAGGGGGAUGGGGGUGGCGGAUACUCUUGGGGUACCCAAUUUAUUUCCGAAGAAUAAUAAAUGAUAUGGGGAAAAAUACAAAGAGAUGGAAAAACUAGCACUUUGUUCGAUGAACAGAUGCUUGUGCGCAUUAUGAUUUGUUUAUGAGGUUUUGCUUUUUUGGCGAUGAGUACAGUCUUGUGGGCCUAAGUGAUAAUUUCAUGUACAAAGUGCAUUUAACUUUGACUCCGUAGGGGGUGUGCAAAAUCAUAUUAAAAUUGGGGGAUUCAUGACUGUUAGGGCUACCUACUGUAACAUUUUGCUAGUAGCAAAGAAAUAUAUAGGCUUAAGUUUAAAACAUUUAUUAAACAUCAGUUGAUGACGUCAUCUAACGUCAUUUCAAAUAUUCAAGUAACAUUAUCUACCUUCCAACCAAGUUUCAUGACGAUCGGACCUACCCCUCUAUGUGUUUUAACAAUUGCAUUUUGUCUGACGUUAUUAUGACAUCACAUGUUUUUCACAACAAUCCUAUUAAAAAAGACAAUCUUGA